AUGGCUGAAUCGAUGCUCAUCUUGAGAAUGUGUUCCAUAAUGCUGGUCCUUGGUUUUUCAGAGGCCAAAAUGGAAAUCAUCACCAGCAAACCAGAUGUGUUGCUGGGUGAGAAUGCCAUGCUCCUCUGCAAAGCUGGUGGGGAAGGAGACAUCACCUGGCAGAAAGAUGGAGAGGAUGCUGAAGAUGACCAGGUUGAGAAAGUGGAUGAGACAUCGUCAAAACUGUUAAUCAGGAAUGCCAAGAUAGAGGAUACAGGACGGUACACAUGCCUCUGUGAAUUUGAGACAGGCCACAGAGAGGAUGUAUCUUAUACCAUCUUUGUCUACGAGCCGCCAUCCUUCGGGCAAACACCAGCCUAUCAUGAGUUCCUGGAGGGUCAAGAUGUGGUCAUCACCUGCGUGGUCACUGGCAAGCCGGUGGUGGAAGUCAACUGGGAGAGGGACCAUCAGAAAUUGCACUCUGACGCAGGUCGGAUCACAAGACUGAAAGACAACUCUCUACAGAUCAACAACAUCAACAGGAAGGAUCGCGGAUCAUAUACCUGUGAGGCUAAAAUCAAGGACCGGCCCAUUUUCAAAAAGCACGUCAUCUCCAUCUUCGUCAAUGUUCCUCCCACAGUGAAGAUCCAUGAGGAGGUGAAGAAAGUCACGGCUGGACCAGAGACCAAUGUCUCCCUCAGCUGCCUGGUCGAGGGAGUCCCCCAACCAAACAUCAUCUGGACAAUCCCAGACUCUUCAGAUGAGUCCCGCUACAAGUACAACUCAGACAAGAGCGAGCUGAUUAUCUCGUCCGUUGUCAGGAGCGACUAUGGAGAGUACAUCUGCACGGCCAAGAAUAAGAUCGCAGAGAGCAGUGCCAUGAUCAUGCUGGAUGUCUCAGAGCAUCCUGUAGCAGUGCUGAGCCAGGAGAAGAUGAAGGUGGAGCCAGGCCAGACUCUCUCAGUGUCCUGUAACGUCUCAGGACACCCUAUGCCCGCGCUGCAGUGGGUCAGGAAGACUAACAAUGACCACCUGCUAACAGUGGACGCUGGUGGAGGUCGAGUGAGAACGGAGGAUGGCUAUGUCCUGGUAAUUGACAAUGUGACUCCCUCAGAUGGAGGGCUGUACAGCUGCAUGGCUAUCAGUCCUGCUGGCAACGCCUCCACAGACUUCAGCCUGCAGACCUGGCCAGGUAAAGCAUCACAGGUAAGUGGCACCCCAGGGCCCACGUCGGUCCACUUCACCCUGGGGGCUUCCCUGGUGGACGGGGGCUCUCCCAUCACCCACUUCACCCUCCAGUGGAAGACAGGACGUGAGAACAAUUGGCAGGAGAGAGUCAUCCAGUCCACAGACCCCCUGGUGAUCACAGAUCUGAUUCCCUACACCUCCUACUCUGUCCGGUUUGCCCCUCGGAACCACCUGGGUCAGGGUGGCUUCUCAGACGAGCUCACCGUCCGCACACAGGGCAUACGGGAACCAGACAGCCCGGUCCUGGUGGCCAGCAAGGGGAAGGUUGAGGGCAAUAUGUUCUCAAUCACUUUAACACAGUUGGACAGCGGAGGCUCCCCCAUUAUCCACUACAUUGUCCGUUACAGAGUGAAUAAGGUGGACGAGGACUGGAGGGUGAAGGACCUGCCGUCCAACUCGACAGUGAUCAACCUCCAUGACCUGCAGUAUAAAUCAGACUACCACAUGGAGGUGCUAGCCGUCAACUCCUACGGCUCCUCCAGCCCAGCCAAGCUGAACUUCAACGUCCCACAACCUGCCAAGAUGAACAAGGGUGGGAUGGGGAAAGGGGCUGUGGCAGGCAUUGUCAUGCUCCUCUUUUUGGUGCUACUGAUUGCUGUGGACGCCACCUGUUGCUAUAUCAACCGCUGCGGCAUGCUGAUGUUCCUGGCUGUCAAGCUGUUUGGGCAGAAGGUCCCUGGGAAGAAGACUGUGGAGGAGGGUGACGGCACCUGUAAUGGGUAA